UAAGAACGAGGCUGCCGCUUACGUCACAGGCGAAAAAGAACACACCUCACACAUGUCACUCCAGCUGCUGUGAAGACUUCACUGUUUGUGAAGACGCAGCAGCUCUUCGUCUGUACAGGCGAACUAUUCAGAAGGCGAAAUGGCUCUGAUGGGGAUUCAGCUCGUGGUCAGUUUGCUGACUGCCAGCAUCAUGCAGAGGAUGGCGCCCCAUUGCUCGUUUGCACGUUGGCUCCUCUGCAAUGGCAGUCUGUUGCGAUUCAAGCACCCAUCCGAGGGAGAGCUGUGUGCCCUGGCUGGGAAACAGAUGCCUAAAACAAACAGGAGAGACAGGAGACAAAAUGGAGAAAACAAGCCUCUCACUGUGCCCAAAGACAUCGACCUCCACUUGGAGAAAGCACCAGUCAAUGCCAUUGAUGCCCUUGUGUUGCGUUUCUUCCUGGAGUACCAGUGGCUGGUGGACUUCGCUGUCUAUGCCUUAGGAGUCUUCCUUUUCACAGAGUGUUACUACAGUGUGGUGGAUGCCAGCAAGGAGGUGAACAUCGGUGCCAUCUGGUGUGUCCUCACCGUUUUUUUUGGACUUAAAGCCCUCCACACACUGAUGAGCCACUACUUUCGUUCUGAGGAGGGCGGCGAGCGUUCUGUGUGCCUUGCGUUUGGCUUUCUGUCCCUGCUCGUGGCCAUGCUGGUCUUGGUGGUCCGAGAGGACUACUUGGAGUUCGGCUUGGAGUCGGGCUUUUCCAGCCUCUUUGACAACUUGGAGGUGUUCGCCAAGCAGCAGGGCUACGCCGACUGGUCGGUCCCUGUGACCAAGCUAACAGUGAAGCUCGGCCUGGCCGCAGUCUGCGCGUACAUCGGCUCUUUGAUGGCGUUCCCUGGUCUCCGUCUGGCUCAGACUCAUCUGGAUGCCGUGCAGAUGAACUCGGAACGCCCCCUGAUCCAGAUUCUGCUGCACAUGAGCUUCCUCUCUCCGGUGGUCGUGUUGAUCCUGUGGGUCAAACCCAUCGCCAGGGACUUCCUUGCUAACGCACCGCUGGGGAAAACCUCCAUCACGCUGGUACCCAGCCAUGCCUUUGACUGCAUGCGACUGUGGAUCAUCAUUGCCCUGUGCGCGCUGCGGCUAGCGCUAACACGCUACCACCUGCAGGCCUACCUCAACCUAGCCCAAAAGUGGGUGGAGCAGAUGAAGAAGGAGGCUGGGCGUAUUGCUGCCAUUGAUAUUCAGAGGAAGGUUACACGAGUGUUUUGCUACUUGACUGUAGUGACUCUCCAGUAUGUGGUUCCGGUUCUGCUUAUUCUCUUCUCCACGCUCGCUCUUAAGGCAUUAGGUGGAUUUUCUUGGAACGGUGAAGCCUCAUCCGAUCUCCCUGGCGUGACACCCGCCUUGCUGAUGCCCACGGUUGCGGCUGCGUCAGGUCUCGAUGAUGACGAGGAGCCUUUGGAGGACAUGGAGGAGGACAUCCAGGCCACGGUGGCGCGCCUGACCGAGAUGCUGACCAUGUUGCGCUCGGUCCUCACGCCGCUCUUCUUCAGAGGCUUCUUUGCCUUCCUCACCUGGUGGGUGGCGGCCUGUCAGGUGAUCAGCUCACUUUUCGGUAUUUACUUCCACCAGUACCUCAUGCACAACUAGGACAAAAGCGCAGCGGACGUUCUGAACAACCAACCGGAGCAGGCUUCUGGUAUGGAAACACAAAUAACACCUCAUCUUCCACUUGUUUACAGUAUAUAACAUUUCUCACUUCUGCCUGCUGCUUAUCAUGCUGACUGGAAGAUGACUCAAUGACGCCCCCUUGUGACACUGAUGCUGCAGUCCAGAAAAGUGGGAAGUCCUAAUAGGAACAAUGAAUUGCUUCCUUAAGUUAUUUGGUAAAACAAAACAUAUACAUUUUGUGACAGUCACAAACAAAUAUUAGCUUUGCACUGUUGUCAGCCAUGUUUUUUUUUUCUUUUCAUCUCGCUUCUGUUUCAAGUAUGAUCUUAUGACAGUCAAGCAGUCUGGGAUGGAACACAAAACAGCUCAAAGGUCGAAUCUCUUCACAUUUUAAUGCUUCAGUGCUCUAUCAAUCACUACUUUCCUUCAGCAUGUCGUAAAUCAAAGCAAGAACCCUGUUGAAUGGCUGAAUGCUAAUGAAAGUGAAUUUCAAAAACAUAAUGCGUUUAUCUCUCAUUUGUAUUUUAGUAACAAAGCAAGCCUUUAAAGCAGGGGUGUCAUUUCUGGUCCGCACCAUAUUCCAACAAAAAUACAAGAAAAAAGCAAAAAGGCAUCGGAGUUUAAAUGUUAAUUACACAACUACAAGUACUAGUCAUAAUACGCUUUGUCAACACUCGGUUGUUUUGUCAUCACACAGAACUGACAUAGCAUUUUUUUCUUUCAAUAUAUGGUUUAUAAAAUUUGAUAUAUCAAAGUGGCCCCUGAAGCCUUUGAUUUUUCAGUAUGUAGCCCUCAGUGGUUUCAACCCCUACCUAAAUGCUACCUAAAUGCAAUUAUAUUGUGCUGAUGUCAUCAUGUAUCCUGCUCACAGCCACGAGAGGCUACAUUUACAUGGAAAUAGUCUCCAAUUCAUUUCAGUGCAUUUCCCUCUGCCUUCACUGCAUUUUCUAGUUUUCCAUUCAGAUGCUUUAGGUAGCAAUUAGGAAGUCAAAGGUCAUAUGGGUCUAUGUUUCAAGCCAUGGUGAUUUUUUAGGGGCGACGCAGUGUCGUUAGUGUGUUUUUUUUUGUUUUAUUUAUUUUAUUGUAUUUUUUUAGUUGCAUGUUGUUGAGAGGGACAGUUUGACCCAGUAAUUAAAGAACCGAUUCAAGAGUGCUAUUUCUUUUAAUGUUUUUUAGGUUGCGAAUUCCUAAGUGCCUACAAGCUCAGGGAUUUUCAGUCAAUUUGCAAAGAAAUGUCAUUACUCCCUUUUCAGCAGUAUUUGAAAUAUCUAAAGGGAUUAAAUCACAACUCCCUGGCAACAUUUUUAUCUGCAGCAUAGUAGUCAGUCUUUCCUUCAGCAGCAUGGAUUUGUUUAUUGGUGAACUUUAUCACACAACUUAAAUUGAAAGUUGUUUUUUUUCUAGAUUUUUUUUUAAAUUUGAAAUGCUCUUAAAUCAAUACUGUGAAGUGCAAUGUUUAAUAUUUUCUGAAUGCAUGGUGUGCAUAUAUAUAUUUUGGUUUGGCUUUUACUUGUAUUUGUUUUAUU